AUGAGAAAUGAAGAUCUGAGACAAAAAACAAAAGUGACCGACGUACUCACUAAAAUAGACCAGCAGAAAUGGAGAUGGAUUGGCCACAUGCUGAGAGACAGGCAGGAAAAAUGGAGCAAGAUCGCUGUCGAGUAUUAUACUAGAAGAAAAACACCUAUAUAUGCGUGCUUUUUGGAUCUUUCCAAAGCUUUUGACCUUGUUAAUUACGAACUACUUUGGAAAAAGCUUGACAAGGUCAAGUUUCCCAAGGAGCUAACACGCAUAUUUAGGUGUUGGUACGGUGGCCAGAGGAACAGCGUUCGUUGGGGCAACGUACUUUCUGACGAGUACGGAUUGCAGUGCGGUGUAAGGCAAGGGGGGCUAAGCUCACCGAAAUUAUUUAAUUUAUACGUUAACGACCUAAUCGACGGACUCAGCAGCACCCAUGUCGGAUGCCAUAUUGACAGAGUCUGUUUUAAUAAUAUAAGUUAUGCGGAUGACAUGGUGUUGCUGAGCCCAUCGGUUGGAGGAUUGAACAUACUAAUAAACAUGUGCGAAUCGUACGCUCGUGACCAUAACUUAAAGUAUAAUGCGCUUAAAAGCGAAUAUAUGGUUUUUAAAGCCGGAACCAAGAGUCCAUCGUAUGUCCCUCCUAUACUUCUUGAUGGCCAGGAACUAAAUAGAGUGAGCUCAUUUAAAUACCUUGGGCAUUUGGUUACCGAAGAUCUGCGCGAUGAUGCAGACAUCGAGAGGGAACGCAGAGCUUUAGCGAUGAGAGCAAACAUGAUAGCGCGCAGGUUCAGCCGAUGUACAGCCCAAGUAAAGAUAACCUUAUUUAAAGCGUACUGUACAUCGCUGUACACCUGUAGCCUAUGGACAAGAUACACUCAGCGAUCGUUAAACGCUCUGCGAGUCCAGUAUAAUGACGCUUUCAGGGUCCUGUUGCGGCUGCCGCGGCACUGUAGCGCGUCCGGAAUGUUUGCGGACGCGAGCGUGGACGGUUUCCACGCCACGCUCCGCAAGCGUUGCGCCGCGAUGCUAAGCAGGGUGCGUGACAGCCGCCACAGCCUCCUGGCUAUAGUGGGUAACAGGUGGGACAGUGGCUUGCUAAAGCACUGGUCCUCCCUACAUGUUAGUUUUAAUAAUUGUAAAUUUAAUUUAAUCUAAUGUUAUUUAUGAAUGUUAAUAGUAAUUUCAAAUUUAA